AUGAAAUUUAUCAUUUUUUCGGCUAUCCUUGCUACAGCGCCUUUCGUGUACGCGCAGUCGCCUAUAUGGGGUCAGUGUGGAGGUAGAGAUUGGACUGGUGCUACUAGCUGCGAGGCUGGGAGUACUUGUGUUCCAGCAGACAACAACCCUUACUAUUCCCAGUGUAUCCCUGACUCCCAAGGGCCAUCACUGCCCUUCCUCGGAGGUGUGAACACUGCUGGUUACGAUUUCUCCGUCGCUACGGACGGAUCCUUUAACGGCACUGGCGUCUCGCCCCCUGUGUCUCAAUUCACCCACUUUGCAUCCGAGGGCGUAAACAUUUUCCGAAUUCCUUGGCAGCUCAUGACGCCAACCCUUGGGGGGACGAUAUCGUCUUCCUUCUUUGCUAGGUAUGACGCAACAGUACAGGCCGCCUUGUCUGCUUCCACCAGCCCCUACGUUAUCGUCGACCUGCACAACUAUGCCAGAUGGAACGGCGAGAUCAUCGGUCAAGGAGGUCCUACCAACGAUCAAUUCGCUAGUAUCUGGUCCCAACUUGCAGCUAAGUAUGCUAACGAGCCGCACAUCAUUUUUGGCAUCAUGAACGAACCCCAUGAUCUCAACUCUAUCUCUACUUGGGCGGAAUCUGUUCAGGUCGCCGUUAAUGCUAUUCGUGCAGCCGGUGCGACUUCUCAGCAUUUGUUGCUGCCUGGAUCUUCCUGGUCUAGCGCGCAGGCAUUGCCCACAGAAGCCGGUCCAUUCUUGCUCAAUGUUACUGAUCCCGCUGGCGGAACUAGCAAAUUGUUAUUUGACGUUCAUAAGUACCUCGACAGCGACAACAGUGGAACUCAUGCUGAGUGUGUAACGAACAAUAUCGACGUCCUCACAACUCUUGUUUCCUGGCUCCAGUCAAAUGGAAACCGCCAGGCUAUCCUCAGUGAGACUGGUGGGGGCAACACCGCUUCCUGCGAGACUGAUCUCGGUCAAGAGCUAGCCUUCGUCAAAGCUAACUCUCGAAGCAUCGUUGGGUUUUCCGUCUGGGCUGCUGGCGCGUUCGACACUACCUAUAUCCUUUCGGUCACCCCGAACGCCAAUGGGACUGAUCAACCAUUAUGGACGGCAGCUGUGAGACCCAACCUCCCAUAG